CGGAUAAAAAAAAAUCAAGCAGUCAAGAGAAUCAAAAGGCAAAAAUGCGACUCGACGAGAAGAUCAGUAGCGUCGCGUUCGGCCGAUUAACGAAAAUCGAUGCCGACAAAAAUGUGCCACGAAUAAGAGUGUGUGUCCUAGGAUUGGCGGCGGUCGGAAAAACGGCUGUGGUGGUUCGUUAUUUGACCAAUCGAUUCAUCGGAGAAUACUGCUCGGGAAAAGAUUUGCUCUACAAGAAAACAAUAAAAAUCGAUGGAUUCCCUUCGCAGAUUGAAAUAGCAGACACUUCAAACGCUUCGGCGGAUUUUUCAUUCCCAACGGUUCAUGUUUCAUGGGCAGACGCAUGUAUAGUUGUCUAUUCCAUCGGAAAUAGCUCGAGUUUCGAGGCCGCAGCUACGAUGCUUGAAAAAAUUCAGAAUCUCAAAAUGCCUUUUUAUCUACCGGUACUUUUGUUGGCCAAUCAAAAAGAUCUCGAACACCUACGUCAGGUUCGCGUAGAGGAUGGCCAAGCGUUGGCGGUACAAAAUAAUUGUCAUUUCGCCGAACUCUCGGCCGCCGAAGAUGUCGAAGGAGUGGCGCUCACCAUGACGGCCUUGUUCAGAGAGGUGCGGACGCUCAAGUCGCAGCGGACGGCCGUUCGCCAAAAAAAGCCAUCGCUUAUGCACGUCACCAAGUUAUUCAGCUCGUUAAUUGGACGUUCCUCUGGUACUUCUUUCAGUGAAGCAGACGGUGAAAAGCCCAAACUUAAAAGUAGUUCAACUGCAUCGUCGCUUCACACGAGCGACGAAAGUGAAAGCAAAGCGAAUACGCCAACGGAGAAGGAGGUCAAAUCGAAUAAAGGAAUUAAAAAACGACCUUCUUUCUCUCUAUAAUUG